AUGUCAAAUUUAAUUUUUGUAAAUAGCCAAAAAGGCAAAAAGCUACUUUCAUACGACGGAUAUUUGCAUAGCUUACACCGAUCGACUGAAAAUAAAUGUAUUUGGCGCUGUGUUGAAUUUAUAAAAUACAAAUGUAAAGGACGCUGUCAUACAACUAAUGACGAAGAAUCAGGAGAAAUUAUAAAAAUACCCACACAUAGUCACCCUCCAAAUGCUGAUAAAGUUAAUGUUAAAGAAGCAAUUGAUAAGUUAAAAAAGGAAGGUAAAACGUCAUGCGAACCUACAAGAAAUGUUGUCAGUAAAAUAGUUUCAGAUGUAUCUAAAAUAACUACAAGUAAAUUACCACCAAUUGAUAUGUUAUCUCAGACUGUACGUAGAACAAGAAAUAAAUAUAAUGAUUACCCUACAAAUCCAAUCAACAUAACUGAUUUAAUAUUACCAGACCAAUAUAAGGUAACCAAAACGGGGGUUCCAUUUUUGUUACACGAUAUUAACAAAGAAGGAAAACGUAGUUUAAUAUUUACUACAGAAAACAAUUUAGAUUUUUUAAGUGAAUCAGAUGUUUGGAUGGCUGAUGGAACUUUUAAAUCUGUUCCACCCUUGUUUUCUCAACUUUAUACAAUUCACGCUUGUAAAAAAAAUGCUACAUAUCCUUUAGUUUAUAUUUUAAUGACUGACCGAACAAAAGAAACGUAUUCAGAAAUUUUUAAAUUUUUAAAAACUAAGAAACCAAAUCUGAAGCCAUCUAUGUUAAUGGUUGACUUUGAAAAUGCUUUUAUAUCAACUUUUAGAGAAGAAUUUCCAACGGUGGUUAUUAGAGGUUGCUUUUUUCAUUUUACUCAGUGUGUUUGGAGGAAAAUACAAAAUAGUGACCUACAGAUAAAAUAUGGUCAAGAUUCUGAAUUUGCAUUACAAGUUCGACUUCUUUGUUCAUUGUCAUUUAUACCACCAAAUAAAGUAAUCGAAGCCUUUGAUGAGCUUAUUGAAUCAGAAUAUUAUAUACAAAAUGAAGAACUAUUAGAAUCUAUAAUAAUGUAUUUUGAAGACACGUGGAUUGGACGUUUAGGGCGAAGAGAACGAAGAGGAGCACAUUUUAAUAUUGAUUUGUGGAAUUGUUAUCAAUCAGUUAUUGACAAUAAGCUUCGCACAAACAAUGCCGUUGAGGGGUGGCACCAUGCCUUUAAUGGAUCUCUAGGAGCUCAUCAUGCAUCGAUAUGGAAAAUUAUCAAGUGUCUCCAAUUAGAGCAAGGCAUUGCGUGUAAUUUUUCAUUUUAA